GACAACCAUCACAAUGUCUUAACACUGUGCGAGGUGAUAGUUGAAGAGUACCCCAUGGAAGCCUGCCUUCAAAUGACCACCAUUGGUAUGUCUACAGCUGCAAUGAUCGUGGACCCUUCGUUCUCCAUCACCUCCAUGUCCACAUUGAUGUUCGUGGGAAAACAUAUAACCACUCCACGCCCUCUGUCGCUCGUUCACAUCGAGUCACCCAUGCAAUGUUUCAUGCGUUGUAAGAUGAAUAACGGGUGUUGGUAUUUCGACUACGUCAUGACUUCCGGUCAGUGCAGGCUCUACGAUGUAAAGGCUGGAGACUUGACGGCAGAGGAUCAGCCUGGCUGCUUGGUGUACGCAGUUGUCCGUGGCUAGACCAGAACUGCAAUAUUAUUCGCGCUCGAUGUAUUGCAAACUCACUUUUUGUUCUAUUAAAAAUCUUUAAAUCUAUUACCCAAGCAGAGUUCCUUU